AUGGGGAUCCUAUACUCUGAGCCUAUCUGCCAAGCAGCCUAUCAGAACGACUUUGGUCAAGUGUGGCGGUGGGUGAGGGAGGACAGCAAGUACAUCAACAUUCACGAUGGCUUCAAUGGAGACACUCCCCUGAUCUGCGCCUGCAGGCGAGGGAACCUGAAAAUCAUUUCCUUCCUUUUAAGGAGAAAUGCUGAUGUGAACCUCAAAAACCAGAAAGAGAGAACCUGCUUACAUUAUGCUGUGAAGAAAAGAUUUACCUUCUUUGAUUAUCUACUCAUUAUCCUCUUAAUGCCUGUCCUGCUCAUUGGAUAUUUCCUCAUGGUAUCCAAGACAAAGCAGAAUGAGAAUCUUGUCCGAAUGCUCCUUGAUGCUGGCGUGGACGUUAAUGCUGCAGACUGUUAUGGCUGCACGGCAUUGUACUACGCCUGCGAAAUGAAAAACCAGACUCUUAUCCCCCUGCUCCUAGAAGCCCAUGCAGACCCCUCGAUAAGAAAUAAGAAUGGUGAGAGUCCCCUGGAUAUUGCACGAAGAUUGAAAUUUUCGCAGAUUGAAUUAAUGCUAAGGAAAGCAUCGUAA